AUGGAGUCGACACUAUUCCAAGUCCAAUCGCUCUUUUACCAAUGCGCCUACCAGGGCUGCAUCGACUUGGCCCUCUCCUCGACCUCCAACGCACGCUCAUCCGACCCAACCACAGUCUCCACUCUCCUCUAUGCCGCACGUUCUCACCUCGCCCGCUCACCUGUGGAUCCAGCAUCCGCCCUCUCGCUUCUCCAAUCUCUCCCCACCUCCGAACCUCACGUUCAAUCCAUCAUCUCCCUCGCACGCUUCAUUAAAGCCCACAUGCAAUCCGACACGGACGCAAUGUCACGCGAAAUCAUCAACCUCACCGAACUCCUCGAUCACGCCGUUGUCGGUCAACCCUCCGGUCAAACCAUCCGCUGUGCAGCCGCUACCGCCCUCUUCCUCGACCGAGACCCCGAGGAAGCUCUCUCCACUCUGUCCGUCACUGGUGCCGGUGGAUCUCAAGAACUCGAAUGCGUUGCUCUUGGAGUCCACAUCCUCCUCUCCAUCCACCGUCUAGACUUGGCAGAGAAGGAAUACUUGGCAGCUCGGACAUGGGCAGACGACUCUCUCCUCAUCCAACUCAUCGAAGCCUGGAUUGGCCUCGCUAAAGGUGGUCGUUCAACACAGCAAGCUUUCUACGUAUACGAUGAGCUCGCGCAGAACCCUUCUGCUGCGCGGACGAAGAAUGCUGUUCCGAGUAUGAUCGGGAAGGCAACUGCGUUGGCUGCGAAUGGAGAUGUUGAGGGAGCAGAGAAGCAACUGGAUGAGGCGCUGAAGUUGGAUCGUGAGAAUGCCGAGGUUUUGGCGAACAAGGCUGCUUUAGCGGCGCAUAAGGGUGAGAUGGUGGAAGAGUUGUUGGCCCAGUUGAGGAAGGCGGAUGCAAAGCAUCCCCUCCUGGUGGAGUAUGAAGGCUUGGAGAGUGCCUUUGAACAGAGUGCAAGCAAGUUUUCGUUGGCAGCUACUGUCGAGGCAUAG